AAAGAAGCAGACUCACCAUUUGCUCUGCACGCUGAGGGAGUUCACUUCAACAACCAGCUUUCUAAAAAAACAGGAGAAAAAAAACAAACUUGAAUUACUUUGGAAACAAACAGAGGGACUGAGAGAAGAAUUCAAAACCCAAAAGAAAAAGGAUUAGACUGAAGUCUUUGAAGGAAAACUUGUAGGCGGGAUUUUUCUGUUUGUGUGCAGGGUGAGCCUUGUGAAGUGAUUUCCUUGUCGGCAUAGUGAGGAAUAGGACAGAUUUAAAUGCUAUUAUGUAUGUUACUGCUGUAAUGGCAAACUCAACUUUCCAACUCAUUGAGGACUGUAACGCCACCAACAGGGCUCUGUAUAAGUUCUACGCGGCGAUCAUGAUCGUGAUCUUCAUCCUGGCUUUGCCUCUGAACGCCUCCGUCCUCCACCUCUUCAUAGUCAAGCUGAAGUUCUGGAAGUCCAACACCAACAACGUCUUCCUUUUCAACCUAGUGCUGGCCGACAUCCUGCUGCUCAUCUGCCUGCCAAUAAAGGCGCACAACUUCAUCCAAGGCGAGAGGAGGAGCGGGAACGAGGUGGUGUGCAAAGGGAUGCUCUUCAUGCUGUUUUUGAACCGAGGAGCCAGCAUCGCCUUCCUCACCGUCACCUCGGUAGAUCGGUAUUUCAACGUGGUGCACCCGGGGAGGAAGAAUUUCCUGAGGGCCCUCAAGAAGUCUCCUCUGAUCUCGAUCCUCAUCUGGCUGCUCCUCCUGCCCCUCACCAUCCCCACCAUGCUCAAGAACUUCGACUGCUGCAACAGCCACAAGAACGGCGACCCAAAAGAGGACACCUUGGUUAAGGAUGUGGUGGACAGUAUGCGAGAGGUGGUCUUCUUCACCCAGAUCGUCAUCCCCUUCGUCAUCCUGGUGUACUGCACGGUGCACAUCGUCAAACGGCUCAGGAUGAAGACCGUCGGGGACACUACCAAGCUGAGGAGAGCCGUGUUCCUGGUGACCUCCGUCAUGGUGGUGUUCUCCUUCUGCUUCCUGCCGUGCACCAUCGCCCGGAUGGUGCUGCUGAUCGCCCGCGUCGAGGAGUGGCCCGAGCACAAGCAGGACAAAGCCGCCGUGGCCUUCGACGGCCUCAUGGUCCUCUCCUACAUGGACUGUCUGCUGGAUCCGCUCGUCUACUGCUUCUGCAGCACCAAGUUCAAGGCUCUCUAUCUGACCAACUACUUCCCGUGCCUGGUGAAAAACAUUGCGAUCCCGCCGGACAGCUCAACAGGAAACACACCGAAUUCCACACGCAACGAUGUCAUUUAAAAUGAAAAAACAGAGGAGGUGAACCAACAGAUACUACCUGUGAUGGACAUGGUGUCCUAAAAACUGUACAUAUUUUAAGAAAGAGGACUUUGAUUAGAAGUGCAAAGAGAGAGGAUGAAAUGAUUUUAUUUUUGUUCAAAUCGAUUCUUAAAUCUGAGAAUUUAGAGGAACAUCUGUAAAUAGGAGGGGCAGCUGUGGUUUUGCCAAAGAGGGUUAAGUGGUGUAGCAGUGACUCAUCAAAUCAGUUUAUAAAGUAUGGAUGCUGGUGAACUUUAUCUGUAGUGAAACAUGAGGGUUUAUUUUCUGAGGGCCCUCAGCUUAAAGAAUGCACAUCUGUUUCUCGGUUUAUCUUGGACAGCGACAUAAGUUAUGAGUUAGAACCAUGAAAACUCCUUUGUAGUGUUUCAUGGCUAAAGAAAAAGAAAAUCAUAUCUGCCAGCUGAUACUGAUCUCACACAAAAAGUUUCCACUCUCUAAGUGUUUAACGGUAUCAGAUACUCCUCAGGAAAACUCAUAACUGCUCCAAUAGUUUGAAUGUAGAUGGUUAGAAACUCCAAAACCUAAGGGAGCUAUAAGGUGAAGAUUCUUUUCCCAGAGUUUUUACAUAAAUCAUAGGCAGGAUUUCUCUAACUUUAGAUUCCUUUAUGAGGAGUUAAACAUGUGUCCCCACCCUUAUUUGGCCCUAUUAUGUAAGAUUUAAUCCUAAAGGCCCCAUACAGGAAGCUAAUUAUUACAUAGCUGUUUAUACUGCGUGUACAGAGAGGUUGCUGACAUUUUUAGGUAUAUUUGUUUGUCUUUGGGAUAAUUUUUUGUAAAUGAAUUCUGAACCUAAAUGGCAAUUAGACAGAUAGAUAGAAAGAUAGAUAGAUGGAUAGAUAGAUACAUAGAUAGAUAGAUAGAUAGAUAGAUAGAUAGAUAGAUAGUUAGUUAGAUAGACAGAUAGAUAGAUAGAUAGAUACAUAGAUAGAUAGAUAGACAGAUAGAUAGAUAGAUAGAUACAUAGAUAGAUAGAUAGAUAGAUAGAUAGAUAGAUAGAUAGAUAGACAGAUAGAUAGACAGAUAGAUACAUAGAUAGAUAGAUAGAUAGAUAGAUAGACAGAUAGAUAGAUAGAUAGACAGAUAGAUAGAUAGAUAGAUAGAUAGAUAGUUAGUUAGAUAGACAGAUAGAUAGAUAGAUAGAUAGAUAGAUAGUUAGUUAGAUAGACAGAUAGAUAGAUAGAUAGAUAGAUAGAUAGUUAGUUAGAUAGACAGAUAGAUAGACAGAUAGAUAGAUAGACAGAUAGAUGGAGAGAUAGAUAGAUAGAUACUUUAUUGAUCCCGAGGGAAAUUCAAAGCAUCCAGUAGCAGGUUACAAAGACGUACAUGACAUGAAACAUUUGUUACAAAUUAACCUCAAAACCGACGCCCCCCAUAUAUUAACCCGAAAAAAAUAUUUAAGAAUACCCCUAGAUGAAUCCAACUUUUUUUAGCAAUGUUUAAAAAGAAGAAAAUUAUCAAAAAAACAGACAUUAAAUAACAGUCAGUGCAAACAUUAAAGGUGCAAUUUAAAUAAUUGAGGUUAAGGUUUAGCUCAGGAUAGCUCAGUUUUCUAAGAAGGCCAGGAGUCCCUUUUUAUUGCAAUCAGGGAAAUCUGAUCUGGACCUUAAAUUUUUGAAAGUCGUCAGUCGUCUCUCAACCAGAAGGUCGGGGGUUUGACCCCCAGCUCCUGAAGCUACAUGUCCAAUGUGUCCUUGGGCAAGACACUUAACCCCAAAUUCGUCAGCAGCGUAUGCAUGUGCAUGAAUGGGAUUAGUUACUUCUGAUGGACACUUUACACAGCAGCCUCUACCAUCAGUGUGUGAAUGUGUAGGAGAAGAAAAGCGCUACACAAGCUCAAGUCCUUUUAGCAUCUUGGCCGUUGUUGCUACAGUUUUUUUCCACUAAGUUUCCCAAAAAUAAGGCCAGCUGUUUAUCCUUAAUCCAUCUGACAAACUCACAAACAACAAGCGUCGAAAUCAUAAACUCCUUGGCUGGGGUGAGACAUUUCUAAACAAAAAAGUAGUCAAAAGUCAACAAGGUGUCAACAACCUCUAAAUGAACCCCCGCUCUCUGACUUAAGCAUUAAACCUUGACGACCAUUAAUCCAGUCAACAACAUGACGAGUUAAAAAAACUCCCCCUGAACUCCCUGUGCAACAGAAAUCAUGACUCAUUGCUUCAACCGACAUAACAUUUCUUUUCCCAGACUUAUUCACAUCAGUCACCUGGAUGGUCUCACUCACCUUGAUGACAUCAUUAACAGUAAUAAGACAAUGAACAGAGAGUGUGUUUGUGUGUGUGUGUUGUUCACUGUCUGCCUAUAAAUAGAUUUAUAGCUUACUCAUCAUGGAAUUGAUAAAUCAGCUAAAGGUCUGGUGAGUCAAGGUGAAAUAUUAUUUUAUUUUUGUUCACUCAUCUGUGUGUUAAAGACGCAUCACUGUGUAUCGUAAAGACAGUCAUCACUUUGUCACAGCCGGGUUUAAAUGUUGCAACAAGGCAAUGAGGCGUUUGUACUUUGGAAUACUUUCCAACUUUCUUGUCAAGAAGAAGAAAGGAUCAAAUCUAAAGAUCGACCACAUGAGGGAAAAUACUGACAGCUGAAAGGUUUUAGUGUUUCUGAGGGAGAGGCAGCCUCUCUUGAUAAAGUGUAACAAACACAUUUACACACACACGAGCGUAGUGUGGUAUGGACACUUUGAUAGUGAGAUAUACAGUCAGCUUCCUCCCACACUUUAACGCACUCCCUCACCCUCAACUCAACGAUUUUUUGUCUCUGCAAAUGGCACAUCAAGUGUUUGAAAACCUCUGCAAAUAUUUAAACAGUAGAAGAAGAACGAGUGUCUAGAAACACAUGAAAGUUUGACCUUAAACAGGACUAACGCUCCACACUUAAGUCUGCUUUAAUUUCUGUUUUUACUGUGAAGAUUAGUUGUUCAGUCAAUAAAAUGCAAGAAGGUGGUGAAAAAUGACAAUCAGGGUUUUUGAGUUCAAGGUGUCCUGAUGCGUCUUAUUUUGUUAAGAUAUUCAGUAGAGUCAUAACGAAAAGAAGGAAGCUGGUUUAAAGAAUUGGGCCUUUUUCUACAAAAUACAUUUUUUAAAAGAGGUGUAAAUAAUUAGUAGAAAAGUGAUUGGGUUGUUUUUUUGGGGGACUUUUAAUCUGCAGGUACCAAAGUUUACAAGCAACCACAAUAAUGAUUCCCCGCAGGUUAUUUUGUAUUCAGUUUGACAGAUUAGACCUGAGCAGAGCUUUAUUUUAUGAGUAAUAUAUAUAAAUAUUGUUAUUUUAAAUUUUAUUUGUACAUUUUAUUUCAUUCAAACAAACAAUAAAGUUAAGAAAAACAAACAUAAAAUCUCAAAUGUUGAUUGAAAAGGAGCAGAAAGAAGACUAAUCUUAUAAUAUCUGCUCCUCUGUUUGUGCAGUCAAUAUAUUUUUACUAAAAUUAAAAAGCCCAGUAACAACUUAUUAGGUUCCUUUUUCUUUAACCUUUCAUCAAAUAUAUCAUGUCGAGUAAAAUAAAGUGUCACUGUAUCAUAUUCUUGGUGCACACUUCUUCUUCUGAAUAUUUAUUAGAUACAGUUUUUUUUAUUUUUGUUGUUAAUUUGUGUUUCAACAAAGGUUUUAGAUAUCAUCCCUUCGUGAUAUUAUCACCGUCAGUUCGUAGAGGAGGUUGUCAGUAGUUUUAUGCUGUUUGUCAUUUUGUUACAGAAAUGUAAAAACAGAGCAGGGGUCACAUUCACAUUUGGAACAGUGUAACUAUCUGCUUCGUCUUGUGUGUGUUUUUAAAUUCUACAGCGAUAUGUGAAUGUGAAUAAAUAUAUUUUUUUAUCUUUA